UAUUACUGGCCAACGGCUCCUGAAAAAAAGGGAGAUGAUUCAGUGGUUAAGGAAGAUACUCAACAAACUGACCAUAUGUUUCUUAGAAGUCAUAUAAGUAGCAGUGUGCUCUUACCCAUGACAAGCUUUGAAACUGUGAAAAUGAUUGCAAAAAAAAUACGAUGCAAAGGACAGCUGAACAGCAAUUUUAAGAAGUUGCUUGAUGAUCAAAUUAAAGACUUUGAAAAAUAUUGUUCACUGUUUAACAUACAUAGCUGCAAAGAUACGUGUCGCAAACGGAUGGAAAAUGCUUUUCGUUGCUAUGUUUUUUUACUGGAAUGUUCCCAACUUGAGAAAAAAGAACUGAAGGAAAAUGUUCAUCGACAUGCAUUGCAGCUUUGUUAUUUUUUAGCAGCAAGAUCUGAUGAUCCAGACCGAGGUGUGGGGUGUACACUCUACAGUCAGGACGGGUAUUUUUUUGGGGCAGGUUAUAAUGGAUACCCCAUUGGAAUAUUAUAUGCAAACUUGCCCUGUAUGGGGAGAAAAAACCAAAAGGCUGGACCUGCAAAACGGGAAGUUGUUCUCCAUGCUGAAGCAAAUGUUCUCCUAUACAGAUCAAAGCCCAAAAUAGAAGAGACUGAUGUUCUUUACUGCACCAAACCUCCCUGUCAUGACUGUCAGAACCUUUUGAAGGAUAUGAAAAUCAAGACAAUUCAUUGUGUAGAAGAAUUGUCCAAAAAAAGUGAAGAUCAUGUAGAUGAUUUAAAGGAAAACUUUGACUAUCAUGAGUGGAAACAGUGCAAACCUCAACUUACGGCAGUACCCAGUGAUUCAAAAGACAAUGGAGGAACGGAAGGAAUGAAUGAUGAAGGCAAAGUGAAAUAA